ACCAUGGAGACCGAGGGAUGGGCGUCUCUCACCUUCGCUAUGAGGACGAGGAAGACCAUCAGUCGAUCUACAUCGGUGUCCCGGUGCCUCCUGGAUAUCGACGCAAACGCAGGCGAAGGCGCUCGAGUCGUGAAGCGGCCGACAUGGACAGGGACAGGCGCUACAGCCAGCAGAAACACCCAGAGCGCAGCCGCUACCGAGACAUCGACAUGGAGGAAGGACUGAUGGAGUCCAACGAGCAGAGAGACAUCAACCGUACAAUGUCUCCAGCGGCGGAGCGGCUACGGUACAUCCUGAAUGAAGAUGACGACCUGCCCAAGCCGACGCUCUUCACGGAGAUGGACACUCUGCAGCGAGAAGGAGACGACUUUGAGUGGAAGGAGUCCGCCAGGUGGGUGAAGUUCGAGGAGAAGGUGGAGGAGGGGGGGGAGAGGUGGAGUAAACCUCACGUCUCCACGCUGUCCCUGCACAGCCUCUUUGAGCUGAGGACGUGUCUCCAGACGGGGACGGUGCUGCUGGACCUGGAGGGGUACUCUCUGCCUCAGAUCAUCGAUGAAAUCCUCGAGAGUCAGAUCGAGGAAGGCAUGAUAUCUCCAGAUCUGAGGGACAGGAUCACUUACGUUCUGCUGAGGAAACAUCGCCAUCAGACCAAGAAGCCGAUACAUCGCUCGCUCGCAGACAUCGGGAAGUCCAGCUCUUCAACCACUCGUAAUGUGGGGCCCAGAGGUGGUCCGGGGGCCGGUUUGGGGCCGGUGACAAACAACAACCGGUCCACAGAGGACCUGCGGAUGAAGCAGCAGUCUGCAAACUACGGGCGCCUGCGUCACGCCCAGAGUCGGAGUAUGAAUGAUAUUGCAGAUACUCCCAGCACAGACCAGCUGAAAAAUAAAUUCAUGAAGAAAAUCCCUCGAGACGCAGAGGCCUCCAACGUCUUGGUGGGUGAAGUGGACUUCCUGAGCAAACCCUUCGUAGCGUUUGUGCGUUUGGCCCAGGCUACGACGCUCGGGGGUCUCACCGAGGUCCCCGUUCCCACCAGAUUCCUAUUUAUUCUCCUGGGACCUCAGGGAAAGGCCAAGUCGUAUAAUGAGAUCGGCCGAGCCAUAGCAACACUGAUGGUGGAUGAUCUCUUCAGUGAUGUCGCCUAUAAGGCCAGAGAUCGGGAGGAUCUCAUCGCCGGCAUAGAUGAGUUUUUGGACGAGGUGAUUGUUCUGCCGCCUGGAGAAUGGGAUCCCAAAAUCCGCAUUGAGCCGCCAAAGAAAGUCCCCACGGCCGACAAGAGGAAGUCGGUGUAUAACCUGAGCGAGUUGGGGCAGCCCAACGGGACGGCGGGGGGAGGGGGGGGGCAGUCGGAGGACGAGGAGAUGCCCCUCCAACACGAGCUGGGGGAGGAGCUGGCUUUCACCGGGCGUUUCUGUGGGGGUCUGUACCUGGACAUUAAGAGGAAGUUGCCGUGGCUACCGAGCGAUAUCUACGAGGGUUUCCACUACCAGUCCAUCUCCGCCGUGCUCUUCAUCUACCUGGGCUGCAUCACCAACGCCAUCACCUUCGGGGGGCUGCUGGGGGACGCCACCGACAACUACCAGGGCGUGAUGGAGAGUUUUCUCGGCACGGCGUUGGCCGGCACCGUGUUUUGUCUCUUCAGCGGACAGCCGCUCAUCAUCCUCAGCUCCACCGGACCCAUCCUCAUCUUCGAAAAGCUCCUGUUCGAUUUCAGCAAGAGCAACGGUAUCGACUACAUGGAGCUGCGUCUGUGGAUCGGGAUGCACUCGUGUCUGCAGUGUUUCAUCCUGGUAGCUACAGACGCUAGCUUCAUCAUAAAAUACAUGACGCGCUUCACGGAGGAGGGCUUCUCCAGCCUCAUCUCCUUCAUCUUCAUCUCAGACGCCAUUAAGAAGAUGGUGGGCUCCUUCAAGUAUUACCCCAUCAACACCGACUUUAAGCCUGAGUACGUCACCAUGUACAAGUGCGAGUGCCUGGCCCCGGACCCGGUGGCUACAAUGAUCUUCAAUGCUUUAGUUCCAAUGCCAGAUAACAGCUCUAGUGUCUCUGUCAUUGGGUUGAAUGUGACAGGUCUGGACUGGAGCCAGCUGAGUAAGAAGGAGUGUCUGAAGUACGGAGGGGCUCUGGUGGGAAAGACCUGCAAGUACGUCCCCGAUCUGGCCCUCAUGUCCUUCAUCCUCUUCUUCGGCACCUACUCCAUGACCGUCAGCCUCAAGAAGUUCAAGUUCAGCCGCUACUUCCCCACCAAGUUGAGGAAACUGAUCAGCGACUUCUCCAUCUUCAUGUCAAUCAUGACCUUCGUGGGGCUCGACAUGUUGCUGGGACUCGGGACCCCCAAACUGAUCGUCCCCACAGAGUUUAAGCCGACUCGUCCCGGCCGAGGCUGGCUGGUGAUGCCGUUUGGGAAGAACCCCUGGUGGGUCUACGUGGCGAGCUUCGUUCCAGCGCUGCUCGUCACCAUCCUCAUCUUCAUGGACCAGCAGAUCAGCGCCGUCAUCGUCAACAGGAAGGAGAACAAACUCAAGAAAGGCUGCGGCUACCACCUGGACCUGUUCUGGGUGGGGGUCCUGAUGGCCGUCUGCUCCUUCCUGGGUCUCCCCUGGUACGUGGCGGCCACCGUCAUCUCCAUCGCCCACAUCGACUCUCUGAAGAUGGAGAGUGCGUCCAGCGCGCCGGGAGAGCAGCCGCAGUUCCUCGGGGUCAGAGAACAAAGAAUGACGGGCAUUCUGGUGUUCUGCCUCACCGGAGUCUCCAUCUUCCUCGCUCCGGUACUCAAGUACAUCCCGAUGCCCGUGCUCUACGGCGUCUUCCUCUACAUGGGCGUGGCGUCUCUCAGUGGGAUCCAGUUCUGGGACAGGAUCAAGUUGUACAUGAUGCCGUCCAAACACCAGCCGGACUUCCCCUUCCUGCGCCACGUCCCUCUGAGGAAGGUCCACCUCUUCACGCUGGUCCAGAUCUUAUGUCUGGCCGUGCUCUGGACCCUCAAAUCCACCUUCCUAGCCAUCAUCUUCCCCGUUAUGAUCCUGGGUCUGCUGCUGGUCCGGAAGAUGCUCGACAUGGUCUUCUCUCAGCACGAUCUGGCCUGGAUAGACGACCUCCUGCCAGGGAAAGACGACAAGAAGAAGAAGGAGGACAAGAAGAAGAAGGGGAAGGACGAGGACAAGAAGAAGAAGAAGGGGAAGGAGAAGAAGAAGCCCAAACAGGAGGACAGCGAGGAGGAAGAGGAGGAAGAGGAGGAGGAGGAAGAGGAG